AUGGUGCUCCUUAAUCUGUCGUGGCCAAUGAUUGAUUCAGGUGAUAAGGCUCCGAGCAUAUUUCUUGUUUCCUGGAACCGUUAUACUUUUUCGCGGAGUAGAAGGCACCUUUGGCUAGGGCCAUGUUUUCUCCAUGGGCGCCCUACUCGUAAGGGUAUCAACAAGCGUGAGGUUGAGUUCAAACUUUUCAGCGAUGCUUUUAGCUUCUCUCCGGUUAAAGGUGUAGAUUUUCUGCCUGCCAACUCGAUGAUCCUUUCUGAUUUGUCACGAAAGGUAGGUAUUUACUUAAAGACCUUUGAAGCUAGUUUGCGCUUGCCCCUCACCAAAUUCCAGAAAGAGCUUCUUCAAAAGAAUGGUUUUAGUGCCCAGAUGCUUACCCUGAAUGUUGUUAAUAUGGAGGUUGCAUUUGAGAUGAUUUGUCGGGCUAUUUUUGAUCUUCUAAAAACCAUCCAAUUCGUCCCUGAGGAGAACCUAGAUGUUCUACUUUCUGGGGUUGGGAUGAGCCCCUCUUUGAGACACUGGGGGAAGAUGCCAAUCUUGUACACCGUUAUUAAAGGUGUUGAGUCCCCUUUUUCUAUCGACCAUGACCUGCAAAAGCGGUAUCGGGGGAACCUAGAGCAUCGAGAGACCGAUCUUUUCGAAACUCUUCCUUCGCUAUGUUGGGCCGGUAGGCUCAUUGCGACUUCUACUCCGGUGACAUUACCUUUGGAGGGCUCUUCUGCCACCGUUAGAGAACGGCCUUCUCCAAGGGGUCAGACCUUCUCCAUGGGCACCCUACUCUUAGGGUCAUCUACGGGCAUGAGGUCCCACCAGGAUUUUUCAUCUAGGCGUAAUGUGUCUUAG